GGUGAACCAAGAUGCACCCAUGUCUGCGCCUCGAAGAAAUUUUGCAGGAAAUCUUUAAACAUGCUGACUAUAGGUCGUUGACAGUCCUCGAGCCGUUAAUCGAGCGCUUACCCCAUGAUUUGUGGUCGACAAAGUCUGGUGCAUUAGUUAUCUGGGGACCCCUACGUCGUCAGGACUGGGAAGUCUUUGCGCGCUGUUCUCGCCGGGUUCGUAGCCUACGGCUUAGAUGGUUCGCGAGCGAUGUCCAGCUUUAUCGCGCCCUUUCUUCGCCUCCCGAUCCCUCAUUUCUUCUGCCCAACCUUCGUACAUUUACUUGGCACUGUCUCAGUACCCGCUCUGCUGGACUUGAUGCCAUGACCGGUUUCAUGCGUCUGUUCCUCGGUCACAACCCCGUAGAAGUGCAGCUUAUCGUAUCUGAACAUGCUCUUGCUGCGUUCUCCAAUCUUAGAUGCACUUCGCUUAGGAAGCUAGUCAUCCAAAGUCACAAAGUUCCUAUCAGUGCGGAUGUCACAGAAGAAGCUAUCUGCAAUCAUUCGGAUUUGAGAUCACUCGCAUGUGGAGAGGUUUCAGUCAGAGCACUUCAUCACUUGUCGCAGUUUCCAUCGCUGAGCCGCUUGACCAUUGGGCUUGGAGACGAUAUCCCAUCCGCACUCAUCUUCCAAAGAUCGCCGUUUCGCACACUUCGUUAUUUGACAAUCAAUAGCAAAUCCAUCGGUCCGUGCCUCUCUUUGCUCAAGGCGACCAACUGGAGCAUACGCUGUUUCCACCAUCGGAUGGAUGCGGGGUAUGAUCCCGCUGGACGCGGGGUGCUUCUGGAACUACUUCCCUUGCAGCUCUCACACGAGUCACUGAAGUGUAUUUCCUUGCACACCGACGCCGCUCCUCAUCAAGAUGACGGCCCUCUCACGAAUCCCUUAUCAUUGAAACCGCUGUUUAGCUUCAAGAAUCUGCUGAUACUGGAGCUCAGCGGAGCUAUCCUCCCAGGACUGGAUAACCACGGCUUACGGGUUCUCAUCCUCCAGCAGAAAGCAGGGCCGUAUCGUGUUCCGCAUGUAGAUCUGACUGGGCUUGUUCUACUGUUGGAACAUUGCCCUGAUCUACAUCAGCUCGCAAUUUCUGUGAAUGCUAUCAUCGACACCAAGGCGCCUCCCGUACCUCCAGUGAACAGCAUCAGCAACAAGCUCAUCACCUCCAUCAAUUUUUGUAAUUCGCCGAUUACCAAAACAGCCGAAGUUGCGGCGUUUCUCUCCGCUAUCGUGCCCAACCUCCGGGAAACGUCGUCUUGGACGGGAGAGGUGAUGUGCAGUAGGGGGAAUGCUCAAGAGUACCGAAGACGGUGGGACAACGUAGCAGAGUUGGUCCCUGUAUUUGCAGAAGUGCGGAACCAGGAAAGGGAAGCCUGCAUGCACGCAUUCAACUUCAAGAGAGAAGUAGAACGUAUGUGAUCUCUUUGCGUAGAUCUCCGUUGUGGUGGUUGGUGCGGACAGCAUUUAUGGGGCUGUAUUUCUUGGGUUCUUCUACUUAUCCCGGCUGGGUGCUGCUGUGGAUUUGCUGUGGAGGUGGCGCACAGAAGCUGUAUCAUUAAUUCUCGUCCUAUACAAUAAUAACGCAAGCCUUUUUUCGACACCAUUGUUUUCUUUGGCUAUGUGCAUAACCUGGCAGCCAACUGAGGGUCACCAGCGUUCUAGUAUGCAUCGUUGGACAAAAUGCAAGCCUGGAGUCCCCUACGAUACCACCGCAUGCCGGUAUUGAACGAGGUGUGCUUCGGAAACUGAUCUGAGUCUUUCAUAUUGUUGUUAGAACUUGGCAAGCUUCUACAUAUGCCAGCAAUAUUUGGAAGAAAGAAUGAUGCAGAGGAGCAGACCGAGUACAAAAAAUACUUUUGAACGGGUUGGAAUUGGGUUGGAAGGUUAUCGAAGGGACG